AUGUCUUACUCAUGGGCUAUCUAUUUUUUAAUUAUAACUUCAACAUUUCAUUCAAUUCAUAGUUCAUAUCAUUCUGUUGGUUGUUUUACACAAGUAUUCUAUGAUAGUUUUUUUACAAGUUCAUUGAUGGAACCAAAAUUAUGUUUUCGUUUAUGUGAUACACCGAUAAUUUAUCUACAAAAAACAGUAUGUCGAUGUUCAGGUGGUGGUCUUAUGCAUAAUAAACAAAAUGACACACAAUGUCGAAUAAAAUGUGCAAAAUCAGCUCAGUUUUGUGGUGGUUCAACAACAUAUUCAGCUUAUGCUGAACAUGGAUUUUACACUCGACAUGGACAUUUACUUGAUUAUCAAAUUCAGUAUUCAUCAUGUGAAAAAUGGUCAGAAAACUAUACGCAUAAUUCAUUUUCAGUUCAAUUAGAUAAUACUAUUCAUAAAUCAUCAUUGAAUAAAUUGGAACGAUGUGCAGCUGCAUGUCUUGAUCAAGAUACUACAACGAAAGCAUUAGCAUUCAAUAAUGAUAACAAUCAAUGUUCCUGUAUAAAAACACAGAAAUGGAAGAUGUUCCAUCAAACAUUUGAGUACCUGUCGUCUGUACCCAAUACUUCUUGUAAUCGUUAUUGUAAUAAUACAUUUGCACAUUCUGAUGCUCAACAUCAAUUUCAAUGUGGUUCAUUAACAGAUCCAUCUAUAUGGGCUAUAUAUGAUUUACGUAGUGCAUGUCCAUCUGAUUUUACUUAUGUAACUGAAAUUAAAAAAUGUAUGUAUAUCUAUAAAACUUCUUGGUUUACUUGUCCACCACCAUCUAAAAGUUAUGUUUAUGAUGGAAGUAUAAAAUGGAAUAUAUUCUUAAAAGUUAUUGAAAAAUUAAAAUUAAAAAAUUUAUCUGUUGUGAUUGAAUUUCAUGAAGAUUUUGUAAUUAAUCCAUCAUUAAAAUGUCAAAAUACAUCGUCAUCAUCAUCAAGUAUAUCAUCGGCUUACUCGAGACAUUCAUAUUUGAAUAGUUAUAGAUGGAAUGUGAAUAACCGUUAUAUAUUAGAAAAUGGUUGUUUACGUGAAUAUAUUUAUUCGUCAUUUGCAAAUCGUUUAUGUAUAUCAGAAUCUAUUAAUAAAUAUUCGUCAUCAUAUGAUGAUGGAAAUAGUUCAAUUUAUAUUUCUGAUAUGGAACCACAAACUAAAUAUUGUCCAUCGAGUUGGUUUGAUUUAAAUGGACGUUGUUAUAGAAUAUCUGAAGAACGUAAAACGAUUCAAGAUGCAAGAAUUAGUUGUAUUAAUAUAUCAGAAAAUAUCGUAAAUACAAAUGAUCAAUCACAUUUAGCAUCAUAUGAUGAAAAUGAUUUCGAUGAAGAUCAAUUAAAUAAUUUUCCAAAAGGUGAUAUUGUUCAAUAUACAUCACAAUGGCAAACUCGACUUGGCUUCUUCCUACUUGAUACAUUGUCCGAAAGUGAAAAAAAACAUAAUAAUUUAUUUUUAGAUCCAUUGAAUAAUAAAGCAAUAACUCAUGUACUUGGUUUCUAUUACGAAGAUUUAACACCAAUCGAGUUUAAUGCGCAUAAUUCUUUUAUAAAUAAAAAUGAAUUUCAAAUGAUGAAUCCAAUUGAAAAUAAUAAUUUAAGUAUAACAGAUGAUUCAUGUAUUAUUUCUACACGUACAAUAGCUGAAGAAGAAGAAAAACCUCUGUUAAAAAAUCUUCCAAUGAAUAAUUGUUCACAAGCAAGACAUGUUUUAUGUGAAACAAAAACAUUAAUUGUUCGAGAUUUUCAACAAGGUUGCUUUCGUAAACCAAUAAUACUUGAUUUACCAGCAUUAAUAUCAAAUCGUUUAACAUAUGAAUUAUGUGUAUCUGUAUGUAAAGAAUUACAAACAACUAUAGCUAUUAUACAUAUUAAUAAAUGUUAUUGUUUAAAUGGUUACAUUUCAAAAUCAUUUAGUUUAGCAACUGAUCUCAGAAAAUAUCAACAAACGAGUUGUGGAAAUCCCUGUUCGGGAAAUAAGAAUGAACAAUGUGGCAAUAAAGAUACAAUUAUUGUCUUUCAUAUAAUUGAUUCUAGACGAAUAUAUUCAGAUGCUCGUACACCAGCUGAACCAUAUCCUGAUUUUAUCUAUGAUAGUUGCAUAUAUCUAAACUCAUUUGAUAAUACAUCAACAACUUAUAAGUUUAAACUGACUAAUAGAACAGAUUUACAUCCACGUCAUUGUUUAGAAUUAUGUACAAAAUAUAAACAAAAAUAUGCUCUUAUUAAUUCAAAUACAUGUUUUUGUACAAAUAUUCAAUUAAAAGAUGAAAAAAGUAAAUCGGAGAUACUUGCAAAUAAACAUUGUUCAUUGCAAUGUUCUGCUAAUUAUUUUUAUACAUGUGGACAUAAAUUGAACUCAACUUUAUAUUCAGUGUAUAUAAUGCAACCGAAAUGUCGUCAUGGUUUCGAAGUUGCGGAAAAUGAUCAACAAUGUGUAUAUAGUCAUUUAUCAACAAGAAAAAAAUCUUUUUCAGCUGCUCAAUCAUAUUGUAAUUCAAUUGGUGGUAAAAUUGCAAAAAUUAAUGAUGCUUUAGAAAUUCAAGAUAUUUUACCUGAAUCAAUUUUAAAUACACGUCUUUUAAAAUUAUUUCUUAUGAUUACACGUUUGAAAUCAUUGAAUAAUACACGAUAUUUUUGGGUUGAUCGUACAUUAGAUAUAUCAGAUAAUAAUACAAUAUCAAAUCGUUUACUUGAUAAAUGUUCUCAAACACCAGAUAAUAUUGAUGGAAAUUGUAUUGUUGUUCGACAUGAAAAGAAAACAACUGAGAAUGAAACGAAUUAUGAAUUUUGUGUAAGUGAAUCCGAUCAAUGUUCAUCAAUAUCAGCUAUGCCUGUUUGUGUUGAUCAACAUAUAGAAUUAAAUACUACAUCAACUAUCGAUGAUAAUUCAUUUAAUAUAUCGAGUGAUUAUUCAUGUGGUGAUAAUUCAGACUAUCAUCUUGUAGAUGAUUAUUGUUAUAAAAUAUCAAUUCAUGAAGCUAGUUGGAAUGAUUCGAAAUUAGAAUGUCAACGUGAUAAUGCUAUGUUAUUUGUACCGGAAAAAUCUAUAACAUUACAAGUAAUCAAAACAUUAUUUUUAUUUUUACAUCGAAAUAGUUAUUCAUCAUCUGGUUUUGCACAUGUUGGUGUUAUUUAUGAUAAUCAAAAUCGUACUGUCAUAGAAUAUAAUACAACAAAUAAAAAUAGUUUAUCAUUUGUACCUGAUUCUAAUCUUGUUUAUGAUCUAUGUGAAAAAACAUUUCAUGAACGUUAUUCAAUAUUAAUGUCAUCAAAUUUAUCAGCAUAUGAACGAAAUGAAAUUAAAAACAAACAAAUUGGUUGUGCAUAUAUUGAUCUAUUAUCGAAUGUUGUACCAAUUAUUCGUUGUGAUGAAAUACCUUGUAAUCGAACAGCAACUGUCAUAUGUCAAAAAUUACCAACAUUAAAAACUGACGUUAUAUUUGUUAAACGUGAAAAAAUCGAAACGCAAAUGAAGAAUGAUUUAAUUUAUCUAUCAACUGGUCAAUCACCGGUUUCUGAGUAUUCAAGCUCUGUUGGCAGAGAUUUUGCUCCAAUCUUUAUUGUUUUAGCACUUUUAUCUAUUCUUACAUUUGUUGGAUGUAUGACUAAAUUUCGUAAUCAUCGUGUAUUUAAUAAUAUUAGAAGAAGACAUAAUACAGAUUCUGUCUAUACUCAAUUGGCAUCACCCAAUGAAUUUGGUUUAAAUUAG